AUGAAAGAGGUGCUCGUUAUGUUGAGCCUUAUUGGUGCGAUUUAUUUAUGCAAAAGCAGCAACGAGUCUGCACCGUCCGAUAACAGUUUGUAUAAUCCGAAGUUGUGCGAAAUUUUCUGUCACGGCAAGAUUUUGCACGUGGUCCAGACGUCGCACAUUUUCAAUGACGACAGCACAUUCGUGACGAUGUCGGUGAAGUCGACUGUGGAGAGCAUUAAAGUAGAUUUCGAACGGAUGAUGGAAAUAUCGUAUGGUUCUCCGAGCAAGGAAUUCGUCAAGAAAUUUGUGGAGAAACACUUCACCAAGGCCACGACCACGUACAACCUCCGCCUGGAUGAUUGGAUAGAACCUCCCGAAGGAGCAAAUCUCAUGGAAGAGAAGAUUAUGAAGGACUUUUUUUUGGUGCUGCACGAUUCCUGGGUGGACUGCCUGAAAAUGUACAUAGACUCUAAUAUUACUUCCCGAAUCCAGUUUUCUGAUGUAAUGCCGGAAGCAGGUGGGAACUACAUGGAGUAUCAUUACUGGGACACACAUUGGAUUGUGCUGGGAAUGUUGGCUGCCGGUAAAGCAUCGUAUGUCAAAGCCAUUCUGUCCAAUUUUUGCGAAUUGAUUGACAAAUACGGUUACGUACCGAAUGGUGGAAGAAUUUACUAUGUGAACCGCACGCAGAUGCCCAUGUUCGCUCGGAUGGUGUAUAGUUACGUACUUGCCACCAAUGACACCACUUUCGCCGAAGAUACCAUGCACUGCCUUGAAAAGGAAUAUGAGUUUUGGAUUAGGGAACGGACAGGCGUGGUUUUUUGGAAGGGUGAAUUAUUCACGGUUGCGCGAUAUGGAAGCGACAAGUUUCUGAAGUCGCCGAGAGCCGAAUCUUACAAUCACGAUUACAACAUAGCGGAAGCUUUGUUUCAGAGGACAGUGGCGAAGGAAAACUUCUACCAGGAGAUUAGGGCGACAGCUGAAUCCGGCUGGCUGUUCUCCAGUCGUUGGAUCAUAAACGAAACAGGAGGAAACGAUGGAAGUUUGGAGCACUUGAAGACUAGUUACAUCGCACCGGUUGAUUUGAACGCUAUGAUAUGCGGGAAUGCGAGAAUUUUGUACUUAUUAUAUCGUGUAAUGGAUAAUGUUGAGAGAAUGGAGUAUUACGAAGACGAAUUGCAUUCGUGGCUUUACACUAUGAAGCAUGUGUUUUGGCAUAAAUCCACCGGCAGCUGGUUCGACUUUGACAUACUCAACAUGCAACGAAGGCCCUUCUUCUAUUUAUCGAAUUUGACACCUCUUUUUGCACAGUGUUACGACUAUAAGGAAAUCGACCUCCUUAUCAACUUGAUUUUGGUCUACUUUUACAACAUGCGUCUGACAAGCAACAGGGGCGGCGUUCCCAUCAGCUACACGGAAUCAGGAUUCACGUGGGAUUAUCCAUUCUGCUGGGACAAUUACAUACACAUGCUGGCAAUGGGCCUGGUGACGACGAACAACAGCAUUGCCGCCCACAUGGCGCUCGAGAUCGCCCAAAACUGGGUCAAAGUCAACUUGCACGCUUACAGGACCAAGCUCAAAUUUUAUAACACCUUUCACGCGGAAAUACCUGGUCUACCGAUUGAAGCAAUCAAUCCAGGAAUUAAUUCGAAAAUCGGAGCGUUGAUCGAUUUGCUUCAUGUCUUCAGAAAUCUAUUCGCCCCCGGAGAUCUCAAUUCGGCGAAUGUGACUUGCUGCUCUGGGUUACUGUUUAUCUUUCUUAUUAUGUUAUUUCGUUUCUUCUAAUUUCUGAUUAAAUUUUUACUUCGAUUUAAAUGUGCAUCUAUUAUUUAACUUCUUGUAUGCAAAUUUGGAAUAAAACAUCAUUUUUAUGUUGUGAAUUGAAGUCAAAAUAAAGAGCAUCAUCUCAUAAUCAAAAUGACAAAAAAGGUUGAAUUUAAGCAUGUAAUUUAU